AUGGGCUCGACCUUCUUCCAGUACUUCAAAGGCGCUUUAAAGAUUGUUCUUAUCGGCGAUUCGAAGGUGGGAAAGACAAGUUUGCUUUCGCGAUCCCACGAGCUUUACGCAACUUUUUCUGAUGGCUGCAGCUUUCUCAAAAAGCCUUUUGUACACUCGGAAGUGUACUCUCCCACGGUAUUUGAAACUUAUAUUACAAACGUGGACACCGAAUCCUUGGGGAACUAUCAGGCAAACAUUUGGGAUACGGGAGGAUGUGGAGUGUUCGACUCUGUCAGACCACUGGCUUACAUCGACUCUGAUGUAUUCAUGAUUUGUUUUGACAUCACAAAUCGUGAGUCGUUUGACAACUUAACCGAAGUUUGGCUGCCAGAGAUUCAAUUUUUUCAGCCGAACACACCAGUGCUUUUGGUUGGAAUGAAAUGCGACCUGCGAAGUAUUUCGAGCAACAGGUGGGUUACUGUGUCAGAGCCCUCUUUCCAGUCUUCCUCAUGUAUCUUCAGUAGUCAGUCUGUAAUGGUUUCUGCCAGUCCUUCGCAACUAUGCAAGACUUAUUGCGAGGAUAUAUUUUCUUGCGUGUAUUUCUUAUGGAUGAGAUUUCUACUGAAAAAAAAGUUAUCUGAGCAUUAAGGCAAUCAGCGAAAUUGUAUUUUAUUUACAUGCAGACAUUUGGGUAGAGGAAAUUAUCUUUUAGAGUAAUUUGCUUUGCAAAGGAAAAGAUGGUCUGGAGCCUCUCUGUAAAACCUUUUAUUCUCCAUUAUACAUUUUGGAGACUUGAAGCUUGAUUGAAUUAGGUGCUACUAUCAUUUGUUGGGGGACUUAAAGGUGUACGAGUAUUUUCAACACUCCCAAAAACUAUUAACUUCACAUGGUAAGCUGAAAAUCAUGAUAUAAAAAGUUUAUUUUACUUUUGUUGUGCCCCUUUUUUGAGUUCAAUUUUUCAAAAAUAAUCAAAAGGAAUUUGAAAAUUAUUUUAUCAUAAUGCAAGAUCCAUGGUCAAAUUGGCACAUAAACAAUCUUUUAUAAAUUUAUUUUCCCUAACAGAGAAUCUGAUCACUUAGUAUCAGUUUCUGAAGCAGAAAGUGUUGCGCAUCAGAUGGGUUUUGCAUACUUUGAGACAAGUGCAAAGACUGGUGAGAAUGUGGCAUCAGCUUUUGAAAAUGCAGUGAAGAUUGGUCACACCAGUAAAAAGAAGUUGGGUGGCAGAAAACAAAUGAAAUCAGAGUUUGCUGAUUCAUACUUUAAAUCUCUCACAUCCAUCAGUAAGUGGAAGCAUGUAUUCUGACACAUUUAUUGCCUAGAUUUUUAAAUAUCCCAUAAUUGUAGAGGGUAAGUUAAGUUAUUUGGAAGGCAAGGCACUUGAACUGAAACAUGUCUUGGUGUGAAAACUAAAGGGAACCUGUCAUGUAUCUUCUUAUUAACAGCAUUGGUACUUUGGCCAGCUAUUGCAGUAGAGCAGCUCUCAUGGAAGAGUUUGAAUGUUCAAGAUUAGAGAUAAUUCAGCAUUUUAGUUGUUCUUCAAUUGAAAUGAGUGGACAUUUGUAGAAGAGAAGACUUCUUUAGCUGAUUAAAAACUACCAACCAUCAGAUAUAAUGAUAUCAUUCCUAACUAUGGAUAAUCAGUUAAGUGUCAGACUCAAGGAAGCCACAUGGGAUGACCAACUGUUACAAUUUCAUUGUAAAUACAAAGAAUAAUAACCUUAUAGUUGGAAGAUGCUAGAUAUACUGGCAGAGCAAAAUAUUGGACUUCAUUCUCCAUUGUACAUAACUUACCACUCACUAUGCUCAAGCAAACUUGAUUGAUUAACUAUAUAACUACUCUUUUUUAUGGUCCACAGGCUCCCCCCCAGAGUUAAUAACAGAUCCCUCAACUUAUGUCAGUGACUUCAAGAAAAUUCUGGAAGACGUUGCUAAUGCAGAUAUUCUCUUCAAAUUUGAAGAUGGGAGUCAAAGCAUUCAUGCCCACAAAAUUGUGUUUUUGUUUGGCAUAUCAGCUUUUAGAGGUGUUUUUUUUGAAAAAAAUUGGAAUUUGUGUGAAAAAUUUCAGGAUUGUUUUUUGGUUAAGGAAACUGAAUUUAAAGGAAGGACUUGUGUAGUUUUGAAGAAAUGGUUUUCCCGUGAUAUCUUUGUUCAAAUUUUAGAGUUUUUAUAUACUGGUGAGGUGAGGAUAUCAAAAGACAGUGAACAUGCAGAAGUAAAUGAACUUUUAAAUGCUGCAAAGAAGCUAGAAGUUGUAAAGUUGAUAGAUAUCUGUGAAAAGCUGCUUGAUGUUAAAGAUGCUUUGAAUCAUUCAAAGGAGAUGGCAGAAAUAUCUUUGCUGCCGAAGCACACUGUAGUGAAUGAUUUUUUCCUUGAUGACAACCUGGCUGUAUAUUUUGAUGUGACAUUUCUCACAGAAGGAACAUUGGUAUUUGCUCAUAAGGCAGUGCUUGUUGCAAGAUCACCUGUUUUGGCUGCUCUUCUGAGUGAUAAGUUUGCAGAUGGUAAAAGUACCCAGGUAGGUAGUUUAUUUUAAGUCAACUUUAAGGGUCAAUUAUUUACAUGAGGUCUAACCCAGACAAUGGUUUUAUGCAAGAGGUGGGCCGCAGGGAUUCUCUAUAAGAGGGUUGAUUUAAUGAUUAAAUGUCCUUCCACUGUAAGCUUUUGGCUCUCUUAUGAAAGAGAGCUCUCUUAUAUGGACCUAAAUUCACUCACUUACUUGAUUCUUAUCAGUGAGGUAAUUAAUCUAUGCCUUAAAUCUUGGAUUAAAUGCAUUUUCCUUACCUUCCCUUCUUAGUUUGGUUCUGUCCUCAAAGUCAUUCUAUUGUCUUGUGUUCAUAUAUGUGAGGGGUGGGACAUAAGUGCAGUUGUUUACCUGUGAAAAUGGAGUGAUCAGCACACAAUAAUUCAAAAUACUGUCUUGUGUCAGGCCAAAUGCUAAAUGAUCAAUGUGGUUUUUCUUUCUUUUUGCUUCAUCUUUGAUCAAAAUACACCUUUUUAGAUCUCACAAAUAGGGGAAAAGGUGCAGAAGAAUACUAAGCCAGAAGGAAAAGGACUUGAAAGUCUUAAAAUUGACAAUGACUACAGACAAUCAAUAUGAAAAUAUUUUGUUUGGCCAACAACUGAAGCCAACAGUUAAGAAACAAAACAAAUGCAAGAUGUAAAUGACACUUACUUUAAUUUGAUUUUCUUACAUGUUGAAAGAACAUGUUUAUUUGGAAUGUUUUUCAGGUAGCUUUACCAGGAGUCAACUGCAGAAGCUUUUUAGCUGUGCUGGAAUACCUGUACACUGAUAACUGUACUUCCCUACGGAAGAUUCCAGCAGAGGAUGUGCUUGUUCUUGCAGAUUUCUUUUGUCUAACCCACUUAGUGCAGAUUUGUGAAGUUCAAAUGUAUGGAGAAUUGUUGAAUAUGACAAAAAAAGAUUUGUUAGAUGUUCUAGCAUUCGCUAAGGUAAGUGGGUAUACAAAACUCUCCUGCAAACCUCCUUUUUUCUAAAUGAUGUUUCAUUUUAACUGUUGUGGAUGAUAUGAUAAACUUCUACAUGUAUUAGAGAUGCCAAAGUAGCCAUAAUGUAAUAGAGACAUUUUAUUAGUUCUUAUUUAUUAGGUUUCAUUAGGUUUGGAUUGUCGUGGAUCAGUUGCUUAAUUUCUCCACUGUCCUGUACCACUUCUUUGGUUGGUCAGAAUUAUUAGCUCAGUAUUCGUGUUAUUACUAUUUUUCCUCAGAUUUUUAAUGCCAAGCAGGUAACAGAGUGGUGUCUUUAUGUCAUUGGCUUAAAAUUCCUUAAAUUCCAAAGUAUUGAGAAAGAGCUUGAAUUGAUUGUUAGUGAACACCGUCAGUUCUUUGAAAAACAUUGCUGGCCACCUGAAGACCACAGAAAAGUUCUUAAGAAAUACAGGCAAAGAGUUAAAUGGAAUAGAUGUGACAAAAGACAACUCAGUCAGAGGGCAAGUUCCUGUUUACCACUGAAUUGUCAUGUGAUGUAGGAUGUCAAAGAAAAUUGGCCAGGCAUUGUUGUCUGCCAAACCUGUAAUCUGUUUCAUUGAUUACACCUAGUGAUAAACAAUUAGCAAGCUUCAUAUUUAUGCCCCCUGUUUGAAUAUCAUUGUAAAGUUUGAUGCAGUUUGAUUGGGUUUGUAAUGAUGCAAGUGAUUAGCUAAAUAUGACAAGCUUGAAUCCAUAGUAUGAUUUGUUCAUCACACAUUGCAUUACCGGUGUGCUAAAAUGUUAUUUCUUAUUGUAACCAGCCUUAUACUGUAUUUGUUAUAUUUUGAACAUUUUUGUCUGAUAUAAUAUGAUUAGUUUUACAGUUUAUUGAUAGCAAUGUAGUUUUUGUUAACCAUUUAGAGUGAAUAAUUAUGUUUUUCAGCCAAAGGGCUGCUAUAUGAUGUUGAUAAACUAUAUGACUUUGUAUUUAAACUGCAUCGUGGGACUUGUCAUUGUUUACGUUGAGACAGAUUUAUCAAAACAAAUCACCUCCAAACCAUGUGUGAUAAUUUUAACUAUCAUAGUGUUAUGGUGGAGACACUCUGUAAAUACCCUAGGAAAUUCCCCACUUUUAAUUUAACACACAGACGUCCCAUGCCAAACAAUGUUAUUGUUAUCCAAGAGCCACUGAAGGGAAAGAAAUGGCCAUUCUCUAAUAAACCAAC